AUGCAUAACAUCUCGAUUAGGUGCGUUCCAUUGUCCAGCGCGUGGUAUUUACCCCUUCUCGACCCUUCCGUGACUGUUGACAUAGAUAUAAAUUUUAAAGCGUCUUUUUUUUCAAAUCAGUACAGCUUGGACGACGUGGAAGCUGCACACUCAGUCACAUUCACGUUGGUGGUGAUCGUUCUGCGCAUAACUACAAUGAGGACCGCCGGCGUGGACGUGGCAGCGUUGAGAAAGUACAAGUGCGGCGCUUGUUCCACGGAGUUCAAGCAGUACCGGCACCUGGUAUGCCACCUGUACUGGCGUCACGGGACAGAGAGCCUGCCCUGCAGCAGAUGCCCAGUGCGGAGGUGGGAGUACGCACUCCACAUCUGCAACGUUCUCCCGUACGACGACCUCGCGUACGGUGACGAACCUGCGGCAGAUGUGGGGAGUGUCGCCUCCAGCUCUGGGCCUGUCCCGGAACAGCGGGACAGUAUCUACUGUUCCUGCGGUAAGGAGGUCCCUGGUGCCCACAUGAUCGGGUGUGAUGGUGACCACUGCACGUACCAGUGGUACCAUUUCACCUGCGUGGGCAUCACCGAGGCGCCAGACGGGAAAUGGUUCUGUCCAACGUGUGCCGACCGGUGA